GUAACACAUCUUCUCCAAAUAUAAAGGUUGUUGGUAGCAUGUCUUCGUCGAUACACAUCCUCAUUCUCUUUCUAUAUGGAAAGGACUGCAAUCUACAGGGACAAUGUUAGUGGAAAGAUGUUCAGUUGUGAAGAAGGCUACACUUUCUCGUCUCCUUUACUCAGAAAAAGAUCCCUCCUAAACACAAGGCCUAGCUCAUACCUUGCUGCCAUAAACAACUCUGUUCUCACUACAGACUCGCCUAAACUCUCUCCGUCUUCUGUAUCUCCGUGUUUCACACUCCCCAGAGAAAUCUGGCUCCUUAUAUUGGUCAAUUAUGGUCUCUCGGGGAAGGAUCUGGCCAAUUUAGAGCUAUCUUGUAAAUGGUUUACUGAAUGCUGGGAAGAAUGUUCUCUUAUUGAGGAAGCAGCUCGUUUGAUUAUAAAACGUUACAAGAGGGCAAGGUUUGGGGAACUCACCAACAGACUAUGUGCCAUGUCAUGCAAGGAGAGGCUCCACAUUUUAAACAAGAUGGAAAAAGGCUCCUGUGUUUUGGCGGCAGGCUCAUAUCAAAACAUUGCCCUGGUGGAUAACAAUAGCCGUGUUAUUAGCUGGGGUGCUGGAAUAUUCGGACAGUUGGGUAAUGGAGUCAGUGGGGAUCAACCAGCUCUUCAGAAUGUGCAAGUGCCGUCAAACGUAGUACAAGUAUCUGCUGGGUGUGGUCACUCUGGAGUAGUCACUGAGACUGGCGAAGUCUUUGUCUGUGGUGAUAACAGAUAUGGACAACUAGGUUUGCCUAAUACAGGUCAUGGCCAGCAUUUUCUCACUCCAUUCAAAGUCGGUUUCUCUAGCAGUAUACACGUCCUCCAGAUUGCUUGUGGCAGCUCUCAUACAAUGUUUCUCAGUGAUAUGGGCAAAGUAUAUUCAGUUGGUCAGGGUGAUUCCGGUCAGUUAGGACUCGGCCCUCACAUCAAAGCAACAGUGGUACCGACCUGUCUACCACUCCAAUACGACGAAUUCAAUUUUACACUAAUAGUCACUGGUAUAGCACACAAUGUUCUAAUAACUGAGUGUGGGAAAGCUUUUACCUGUGGACUUGGAUCAGUUGGACAGUUGGGACAUGGAGGGACGAAGAACCUCAGUACACCAGCUCAAGUGACUGCUUUUGUUCGUGACAGGAUCAUAGUGAAUGCAGCUGCUAGUGUCUGCCAUACUAUCCUCCUUGAUUCAAAAGGUGAUGUUUUUACUUGUGGCAAAGGAGAAGGGACACUAGGUCACGGAGACACUGUCAUAAGAACAAUACCAAAAAGACUUGAGGGCCUUGAAGGUAUACCCAUAUCUUCAGCUGCUGCUGGCGUGUGUAGGAGUGUCUUUAUAUCGAGAGAUGGCAGAGGCUACUGGUGUGGAGUGGGAAUGGGCAGUAAUAAGAAUGUUGUUCAAACAAUUCCAAUUGAAAUGGCUGGAUUACCCGAGCCACUCGCUGCAGCUGCUAUUGGUAACUCUCACAUUGUAUUAAGGACGAGGUCUGGGAGGUUCAUGAGUAUGGGCAACAAUGGCCGCCAUCAAACUGGUCAUGUGACACCAAACAAUUCUCCAGUUUUAGAAUACACUUAUAUUAACAACCAGUAGUCAAUGUUUCUCAAUUUUAUAAUCCCUAACCUGAUCUUGUGUCCGUACAAUGUAAUGUAUACAUGUGUAUCAACAGUUGUACUACUACUACAUGUAUCUGUGUUUCAGUGUAUAGUUACUUGUAUUAUAAUAUAGUGUUUUUAAAUCACAUUUAAAAAUGGUUACAGUCUA